CCCCAACCUAAACCCCAACCCGCUCAUCAACGUGCGCGACCGGCUCUUCCACGCGCUCUUCUUCAAGAUGGCAGUCACCUACUCGCGUCUCUUCCCUCCUGCCUUUCGCCGUCUCUUCGAGUUCUUCGUGUUGCUCAAGGCCCUGUUUGUGCUCUUCGUCCUAGCCUAUAUCCACAUCGUCUUCUCCCGAUCUCCCAUCAACUGCCUGGAGCACGUGCGUGACAAGUGGCCACGAGAGGGCGUCCUACGCGUGGAGGUACAGCAGAACUCGAGUCGUGCACCCGUCUUCCUGCAGUUUUGUGACAGUGGUCGCAGCAGUUUCCCUAGCCUGGCUGCUGAGCCUGGUGGUCUGGAGCUGGAGGAGGAGGAGGAGGAGCUAACUAUGGAGAUGUUUGGGAACCACUCUAUCCAGUUUGAGCUGGACAUUGAGCCCAAGGUAUUGAAGCCACCCACUGGCCCCGAGGCCCUGAAUGAUAGCCAGGAGUUCCCCUUCCCUGAGACACCCUCGAAAGUGUGGCCACAGGACGAGUACAUUGUGGAGUACUCGCUGGAGUACGGCUUCCUGCGCCUGUCACAGGCCACGAGACAGCGGCUCAGCAUCCCAGUCAUGGUUGUCACCCUGGACCCCACACGGGACCAGUGCUUCGGGGACCGUUUCAGCCGCCUGCUGCUGGCUGAGUUCCUGGGCUACGAUGACAUCCUCAUGUCCAGCGUGAAGGGCCUGGCCGAGAACGAAGAGAACAAGGGCUUCCUGCGGAACGUGGUGUCAGGUGAGCACUACAGAUUUGUGAGCAUGUGGAUGGCCCGAGCAUCCUAUCUGGCUGCCUUUGUCAUCAUGGUCAUCUUUACCCUGAGUGUGUCCAUGCUGCUCCGAUACUCCCAUCACCAAAUCUUUGUCUUCAUUGUGGACCUGCUGCAGAUGCUGGAGAUGAACAUGGCCAUCGCCUUCCCUGCAGCACCCCUCCUGACGGUCAUCCUGGCCCUCGUGGGGAUGGAGGCUAUCAUGUCAGAGUUCUUCAAUGACACCACCACCGCCUUCUACAUCAUCCUCAUCGUGUGGCUGGCUGACCAGUAUGAUGCCAUUUGCUGCCACACUAACACCAGCAAGAGACACUGGCUGCGGUUCUUCUACCUGUACCACUUCGCCUUCUAUGCCUACCACUACCGCUUCAAUGGGCAGUAUAGCAGUCUGGCCCUAGUCACCUCCUGGCUCUUCAUCCAGCAUUCCAUGAUCUACUUCUUCCACCACUAUGAGCUGCCUGCCAUCCUGCAGCAGAUCCGCAUCCAGGAGAUGCUGCUACAGACACCGCCACUGGGCCCUGGCACCCCCACGGCGCUGCCAGAUGACCUCAACAACAAUGGGGGUGCCCCGGCCGCUGCUCCUGACCCUGCUAGCCAGCCCCCCACCCUGGACCCUGGCUCACUGGGGGCUGGUGGUGUCCCCAGUCCAGUGGCUGAAGCGCCCAGCUCUUUGGUGGCUGCAGCAGCCUCAGUGGCUGCAGCGGCCAGUAGUGAUCUGGGCUGGAUGGCAGAGACAGCUGCCAUCAUCACAGAUGCCUCUUUCCUAUCUGGCCUGAGCGCCUCUCUCCUGGAACGAAGGGCAGCCAGCCCCCUGAGCCCAGGUGGGGGUUUCCCUCAGGGCCUCCAAGUCCCCCAGGACAGUGUCCCCCCAAGCGACUCCCCAGCACCUGACACACACCUCCUGGCCACCGGGGUGAGUGGGCCCAGCCCUGAGUCCCCAGCCCCAGCAGAUGAGCCCUUGGAGAUCGGCUCCUAAGUCCUAGGCAACUGAGUGCCUCUGUCCUUGGCUGUCUAGGCCAGCUCGGUGUGACCUGACUGGGGUCCUUGGGGCUCAGGGAGGCUAUCCCCAGUGUCCCUGGGUCUGCCCAGUUGGCUUUGUGUCAGGGUCCAUCUGGUUUGCCCAGGGAUGGGCUCCUCUCCCCAGGUGUGGGGCCUGCCCACAGCGUGUCCCUGCCACAUUUGUGGUGGGCCCCCUCAGCCAGCGAAUCAAGGCAGGUUGGGGCAGGAAAGGGGGUAGGGUCUCCGUGGAAGGUUCUGGAAAGGGUUGGUGUAAUGUCUGGAGCAAGCUGUAUCUAGGGACAGAGUCUAGCAAGUCUCUGAGCCAGGUGAACACUAGUGGGGGCCUCCCUCACUGUCCUGGCCACUCAGCUGGUGCUCCGUUGUGCGCAGUGCCUUUUCCACAGCCCCUGCCCCCGUAUGUGUGUGCCAGGGCUGGGGUAUUGGCACAGAAACACGGCGUGCGGGCGCCAACUCUCAAAGACAGCAACCAGGCGCUAGGGUCCAGCCUUGCUCCUGCCAGAGAGAGCCAGCGGCCCAACUAGGUCACUCGGUGAGGACUGCACAGCGCUCAUUCCAUUCUAUUUAAUUGCAGUGUACAAAUUGUGUUUGUAUAUAGAAUAAACUGUCUGUUGACAGCA